GCUGCUGGAUGGAUGCUGAGACGGUGCUGCUGGCCCUACACUCUGAAGCAGAUCUCAUCCUGACCACGCCACAUCCAUCCCAUCGCCUCAGGUGGACGAUGAACACGUCUGGCAGCGCCCUGGGGGAGGAGCUCACGGAUGAGGAGAAGGAGAUCAUCAACAGCGUGCUGGCCCGGGCCGCCAUGAUGGAGGCCAUGGAGCAGGAGAGGAUCGAGCGUCUCUCCAGUCGCCUGGAUAACAUCAAGAAGACAGCGUGUGGUGACGGAGAGUCGCGUUGUCUGCUGUGUGGGACGUCCUUUGGACCACAGGGGGUCACAGCUGUCCUCUGUGUGCAGUGUAAUAAACACAUGUGUAGUAAAUGUGGGGUUUGGAUGAACAGCAGGACGAGUCCGACGUGGCUGUGCCGGAUCUGCAGUGAGAAGCAAGAGGUGCAUAAACGCUCUGGAGCUUGGUUCUUCAAGGGAAGAGACCAACAGGGUCUUCCUGCCCCCCUGCCUCUGUCCAGGCCCCGUCAAUCCACCACAGAGAGCAGCUCUGAUCCAAGAGGCCACACUGGAUCGCAGGAAUCUCAAACAUAUAAUCAUGAGCCGCAGCAGUCCUGUGGAUCAGAACAAUGGGAGCAGACAGCAAGAACAACAGCUGACAGCUGUAAUGAGACUCAUUCUAGUCGGGCAGCUGUAAUGAACACAGAAAGACAUGUGUUGGCUUCUAAACCACCUCCAGCCAACACACAGCAGGCAGCCCCCACCCCAGGUCCUGCAGAAAAUGUGGAGAAUAGAAAUUCAGUUGGAGAGGAGAAAAGACAACCUGUUGUCUCCACCUCGGUUUCACUUCAUAAUCCUGCAGCCAGAUUUAACCCACCUGCAAACAGCUCCACCCCUCCAAAACCCCAACCAGAGCCAGCAGAGGACGAGGAUGACUACGACUCAGAUGAUGCCACUACUCUGGGAUCGUUGGAGUUCAGUCUGCUGUACGAGCAGGACAACCAUGCCCUGCACUGCUGCAUCGUUAAAGCCAAGGGUUUGAAGCCGAUGGACUCAAACGGACUUGCAGACCCAUAUGUGAAGCUGCACCUGUUACCUGGAGCCAGUAAGUCCAACAAGCUUCGCACAAAGACACUUAAAACCACCCUGAAUCCCGUGUGGAACGAGACUCUGGUUUACCACGGCAUCACCGAUGACGAAAUGGCACGCAAGACUCUCAGGCUGUCUGUAAGCGAUGAGGACAAGUUUGGACACAAUGAAUUUAUAGGAGAGACCCGAGUGGCCCUGAAGAAGCUGAAGUUUAACCAGAAGAAGAACUUCAACGUUUGUUUAGAGAGAGUGAUCCCGGUGAAGAAGGCUGUUGGGGGAUCAAUCCGUGGCAUGGCACUCUAUGAGGAUGAUCCCAAUGAAGGCGAGGACUCGGAGGAGAGGGGUCGGAUACUGAUUUCUCUCAUGUACAACAGUCAGCAGGGUCGUCUGAUAGUGGGCGUGGUCCGCGGCGCUCACCUGGCCGCCAUGGACUCCAAUGGAUACUCUGACCCUUUUGUCAAAAUAUGUCUGAAACCAGAUAUGGGAAAGAAAGCCAAAAACAAGACUCAGAUAAAAAAGAAGACCCUCAACCCAGAGUUUAAUGAGGAGUUCGCUUAUGAAAUAAAACAUGCCGAGCUCGCCAAGAAAACUCUUGACAUCUCGGUCUGGGACUACGACAUGGGGAAAUCCAAUGAUUUCAUUGGAGGGUGUCAGUUAGGCAUCCAGGCUAAAGGUGAGUGUUUGAAGCACUGGUACGAAUGCCUCAAGAACAAAGACAAGAAGAUAGAGCGCUGGCAUGUCCUGCUAAAUGACAACUCCGUCCAGUUUGAGGAUUAAGCCAUCUUCCCCACUCCUGUGGAUUUUCUUUUUGUCUCUGUGUCCCUUGUGGAAUAUUGUCCUCCAACCAGCGCAGAUUCGUCCUCUUGCUUUGAUGUAGUUUGUCCUUAAUGUGCAGUGUGAAAGCUACAUUUCCUGUGACAGCCAUGGAUGUUUAUCUCGGGGCUUUUUUUUUAUAAAAGUAAUCACACCAUAAACUGUGUUAUCUUAUAAAUAAACCUCUGAACUGAGUGAUUAUCAUAUCUAAUGGAUAAGAUUAAGUCAGUGUUAUUGCUGUAAUUCAGUCAGUAUGUUGUAAUGAGGUGUAAAUCUAUACUCAGACCAAACAGAGGGAAUUCCCAGUUUUUAACCCAUGGUGUCAUUCUGGUGGACACGUUGCAUGAAAGGGGAGAAAGAGGUCAACAUACCUGUCACAUCCGAUCAUGUGAUCAUGAGUAAAUGAUCAUAUAAAUCAGAUAAAAUGUCAAAGUCACAGACAUUAAUUCUCUUGUGUUAUUGUGCAACCUGCAUUAGUUCAAAUAUUAAAUAAUAUAUUGACAUUAUGUUAAAAAAAGUUUUUUUGUGGAUGUGAAAUGCUCCUACUGAAAAUAACAUGCUGUCUGCAGAACUUUUAAAGGCCCAAAAUACUUCUGCAUGGCAUUUCUUAUUAAACGAUUCAAGGUAAUCACGGAUUAAUCCAUGUAUUAAGUGGAUUAUUAAAAAAUAGCACAGAUCUAUUUAAAUGAUAUAUUUUAUUGCAAGAUUAAGUGUUUCCAGCUGCAAAUUCAUUAUUUCUCUCUGUGCUGCUGUUGAUGCAUGUCUGAACUCAUGUUUUGCAUAUAUGGCUGAUAAAUAAAGAUAUGCUGGUGCUUCA